GAAAGAACUACAAAUCCAAGUGGAACACCUUGAAUUUCAGACUCGACAGCUGGAGCUGAAGACCAAAAACUAUGCAGAUCAGAUUUCACGACUGGAGGAACGUGAAUCAGAAAUGAAGAAAGAAUAUAAUGCUCUACAUCAACGUCACACAGAGAUGAUCCAGACCUAUGUGGAACACAUUGAGCGAUCCAAGAUGCAGCAAGUUGGGGGAAAUAAUCAAACUGAGGGAAGUCUACCUGGGAGAAGUCAUCGCCAGUCAUGGAGGAAAAGCAGGAAGGAACGUCCUAACUCUCUGAACGUCUUCCCCCUUGCGGAUGGAAUGGUACGUGGGCAGAUAGGGGCCAAGAUCGUCCCAACACUGGACCACUGGCACCUGAGUGACCUCGGCCAGCUGCAGUCCAACUCCAGCUACAAGUGCCCCCAAGAUGAAAUGUCCGAAUCUGGACAGUCCUCGGCAGCUGCCACACCGAGUACCACUGGGACCAAGUCGAACACUCCCACGUCAUCUGUUCCCUCUGCUGCUGUCACCCCCCUGAAUGAGAGCGUCCAGCCCAUCAGUGAAUACAAUGGCACGGCCAAGAGCAAUAAGAGGGCACGAGAAAAGCGGAACAGCCGGAACAUGGAAGUCCAGGUCACACAGGAGAUGAGGAAUGUCAGCAUAGGGAUGGGAAGCAGUGAUGAGUGGUCUGAUGUUCAGGACAUCAUAGACUCUACUCCAGAGCUGGAUAUGUGUCAAGAUCCCCGCCUGGAACGCACCGGUAACAGCCCGACACAGGGGAUUGUGAACAAGGCAUUCGGCAUCAACACAGACUCUCUGUAUCAUGAACUUUCCACGGCAGGGUCCGAGGUUAUUGGGGAUGUUGAUGAAGGAGCAGAUCUGCUAGGAAUGGGCAAAGAAGUGGGGAAUCUGCUGUUGGAGAACUCACAACUACUGGAGACCAAAAAUGCUUUGAACGUUGUGAAGAAUGAUUUGAUUGCCAAAGUGGACCAGUUGUCAGGAGAGCAAGAAGUGCUGAAGGGAGAACUGGAGGCAACAAAACAGGCCAAAGCCAAAAUGGAAAUAAGAGUCAAGGAGCUGGAGGAAGAGCUGAAAAGAGUGAAAUCUGAAGCGAUUGUUGCCCGACGAGAACCCAAAGAGGAGGUGGAGGAUGUAAGCAGCUAUCUCUGUACAGAAUUGCAGUGCUCCUCCCCUCUGCAGGACAACAUUCCCAUAGCUCAGCGUCGCCGCUUUACACGUGUGGAAAUGGCCCGAGUUCUAAUGGAACGCAAUCAAUACAAAGAGAGGUUGAUGGAGCUCCAGGAGGCUGUAAGGUGGACGGAGAUGAUCAGAGCUUCCCGUGAGCACCCAUCCGUCCAGGAGAAGAAGAAGUCCACUAUCUGGCAGUUCUUCAGCCGUCUGUUCAGCUCAUCCUCAAGUCCCCCACCAGCAAAGAGGACCUACCCAUCGGUGAACAUCCACUACAAGUCUCCGACAACAGCAGGGUUCAGCCAACGUCGCAGUCACACCAUGUGCCAGAUCUCCUCCGGCAGCCGCACUCUUGAAUUCUUCCCUGAAGAUGACUGUACAUCAUCAGCACGUCGUGAACAGAAGCGGGAGCAGUACCGCCAGGUCCGGGAGCACGUGAGGAAUGAUGAUGGGCGAUUGCAAGCCUGUGGCUGGAGUCUCCCUGCCAAGUACAAGCAGCUGAGUCCCAAUGGUGGCCAGGAAGACACUCGGAUGAAAAACGUCCCUGUGCCUGUAUAUUGUCGCCCACUAGUAGAGAAGGACCCAACCAUGAAGCUGUGGUGUGCAGCUGGAGUUAAUCUCACAGGAUGGAGACCUUUUGAGCAGGAGUCUGGGAAUGGACAGAAACUGGAUCCUGGACGUGAUCCUCUCACUUGUGACCGGGAAGUGGAAGGCGAGAACAACAAGAGUAACCAUACAUCUCCUGAAAAGAAAAAGGCAAAGGAGCUCCAUGAAAUGGAUGCCACAUCCAGUCGUGUCUGGAUCCUCACCAGUACCCUGUCAACAAGUAAAGUUGUAAUCAUUGAUGCCAAUCAGCCUGGUACAGUGGUGGACCAGUUCACUGUCUGCAAUGCCCAUGUGCUCUGCAUCUCCAGCAUCCCUGCGGCCAGUGAGAGUGAUUAUCCUCCAGGCGAGAUCUUUCUGGAGGGAGAUGUUAAUCCUGAAGAGUCGUCUGGAACAGAUGGUGUCUUGGCAGGAAUCACUCUGGUGGGCUGUGCGACCCGUUGCAACGUGCCACGAAGCAACUGCUCCUCACGUGGUGACACACCUGUGCUGGACAAGGGACAGAGCGAAGUGGCUGCCGUCUGCAAUGGGAAGAUCAACCAGUCCCAGUCUACUGAGGAGGCAACAGAAGCUACCGAGGUACCAGAAAAUGGUACAAGUGAGACAGAAUCUGCUCAGAUCCGGCCUGGGCCGCUCACAGAGCACGUGUUUACAGAUCCAGUCCCUCCUCAGGCACCUCUUAGGCAGAACAGUGAGAACGGGCAGCAGAAGACAGAGUCAAGCACAGCGUUGACAGAUCAGGAAUUGAAUGGGGAUGCUGCUGGGACUUGCACUAGUGCUGCCCCCACCAUGUGGCUGGGAGCACAGAAUGGCUGGCUUUAUGUGCACUCUGCUGUAUCCAAUUGGAAGAAGUGUCUGCACUCGAUAAAGCUGAAGGAUUCUGUACUUAGCCUAGUGCAUGUGAAAGGAAGGGUCCUUGUUGCUCUGGCAGAUGGAACAUUAGCCAUAUUCCACCGAGGAGAGGAUGGUCAGUGGGAUCUCAGCAAUUACCACCUAAUGGACCUCGGUCACACUCACCAUUCCAUCCGCUGCAUGGCUGUUGUGUACGACAGAGUCUGGUGUGGCUACAAGAACAAAAUCCAUGUCAUCCAACCUAAGACAAUGCAGAUUGAGAAAUCCUUUGAUGCUCACCCUCGACGGGAGAGCCAGGUGCGACAGCUGGCAUGGAUUGGAGAUGGAGUAUGGGUUUCUAUCCGCCUGGACUCCACUCUGAGGCUUUACCAUGCCCACAGCCAUCAACAUCUGCAGGAUGUCGACAUUGAGCCUUACGUCAGCAAGAUGCUAGGCACUGGAAAGCUGGGCUUCUCAUUUGUACGGAUUACAGCUCUGCUCAUUGCUGGCAACCGCCUCUGGGUAGGGACAGGGAACGGUGUCGUCAUCUCCAUCCCGUUGACGGAGACUGUAGUCCUCCACCGAGGCCAACUCCUUGGGCUCCGGGCCAACAAAACCUCACCCACCUCCGGAGAGGGCAGCCGCUCUGGCGGAGUCAUCCAUGUGUAUGGCGAUGACAACAGUGACAAAUCUGCCAGCAGUUUCAUUCCCUAUUGCUCCAUGGCUCAGGCACAGCUCUGUUUCCAUGGCCACCGUGAUGCUGUCAAGUUCUUCGUCUCCGUGCCUGGCAAUGUUCUAGCGACCCUGAACGGGAGCGUGUUGGAUAGCCCCUCGGAGAACCCCAGCACAGCGGCCACCGAGACUGAGGGGCAGAAACUGAAGAACGUGUUGGUGCUGAGCGGAGGAGAAGGGUACAUCGAUUUCCGGAUUGGGGAUGGAGAAGAUGAUGAGACAGAGGAAAAUGCAGGAGAUGCCACCCAGGUGAAGCCAGUACUUUCCAAGGCUGAAAGGAGCCACAUCAUCGUGUGGCAAGUGUCAUAUAUCCCUGAGUGAGAAUUUUUCCUUUCCUACCAAUGUAAGUCUCCCUCCUCCCACCUGAAUGCCAAGAUGUACAUACAGAACUCCUGCAUUAUACCUACUGCUGGAAACCGACCCCAGCCAACUGCAAUGGCUCCUGCCUUGGACUGUGACCCCCCCCUUCUAACCUCUGAACUUGCAGCUUUCAUCUUGGGCCUGUGCGCUUUCUGCGUGGUUAGAUUAUUGUUCUUGCUCUGGAGCUGGCGUCUACAAGGAGAGAAAUGGCAGCUCAUUGAUGAAGUGAAGCUUGGAGCCAGAACCAUGCAAACCCUUUGCCCAGGGCCCAGGAGCUGGGAGCUGGAUAGGUGGCGCAGGUUCUCCAGCAGGUUGCCUCACUUCCACCUGCAUGAGAAGCAGUACGUCACCCCGGCAUCCCCCACCAAAGCAGCAACAGUGAAUCACAACUCUCCAGCACCCCAGAAGAAAUCCUUUCUAGUUCACAAGUGGAAUAUCCACCUUACCCACUCUGCAUAGGGUAAACCUAAGCACAGAAUAAUAUCCCACGGACUGAGAGCAGCCAGGACCAAGCCCAAGCCUGGAACCUUCAACCAAAAGGAGUGUCAAGGUUUCGGAAUUACUUCCGCUGUUUGGCUGGAGAGGGUAGCAGUGUCACGAACGGUUACUGUGAGGAACACGUUUUCUGUACAUGCAAAUGGAAAGUCUCCCUCCUCUACUGCUGCUGUUGUCUUAGCAGUAGUGUUCUGGGUGACUGUGUGCCCAGGGAGGGCUGUUCGGUUGGGUCAGAUGGAAGACGGGUGUUUUGUGGUGGAGGCCACAGGGACUUUGGAAUCUGCAGUAGCAAAAGGGUACUGGAACCUUGUUAGUUAGAAAACAGAAAAGUCAGCAAUACUUUUAACUCCCCCUUACAAAAAUGCCCGGUAGGAAAAGACUCUUGAGUUCAUUCUUUUUAUGAGCCUGAAAAGAUCCACGACAAAGCUAGCGCCGUUGGCUUUUAAAAUACAGACGAGGGCAGAAUACAUUGAUGUGCUGCAAUUCUGUGUUAACACAGUGAAGUUACCUUGACUCUUCAGGAUGUGUCCCCUUCUGGGAACUGCUGGUGUGCAGCAGGGCAGAGGUGGCUGUUUUCCUUCACCCCAUAGCUGUGAGGUUAAGGAGGACCGUGUAGAUGCUGUCAAGGUAUAGAAAGGCUGUGUCUUGCCUGAGGUCGCACAACAAGGAACGAGGCCAGAUCUCCUGACCUCUUUACCUAACAUGACUGGCCUUGCUAGUGAAUAGGUCAAAAAGCUGGAAAUGCCUGGCUCCUGAAAAGAAUGAUGACCCAAGAGAAAUGCUGACUGCCCUGCUUGUGUAAGCAGUGCUGUGGGAUUGCAGGCGUGUGUCCUGCUUGCAGGAGAAGCAGCAAGAAGCGGGGCCAGCAAGAGCAGUUUUAGGCUACAGUGCUAGCUCCAGAUAGCAUACCUCCGGGUAGUGGUUUGUCCACCAUGCACUUCACUUCCUUUCUGACAGUGGAAACAGUCCUGUCUCCAGAAGGGUGAGUCCUGCUUCCCUGGAGUGCUCCCUUCUGGCUGUGCAGGACUAGAGCGAGCAGCAGUUGUUAGCAGUGGAUUUGGGGAUACUGGUGGUCUUGUUUCUUCCCUGGCAAGGGUAGAUAUCCAGAGAACAGAGGCCUCGGCCACCAAAUUCGUGGGGGGCAGCGUUGCCUUGCGCUGCCUGUGAGCAGUGCUGGCUUACGCGUGCGCUCACACCUCUCUCUGUAGAGUGAGGCAGGAAACCAGCCGGAUGGGCGUCCUCCAGCCACCAGCAUGCCAGGCUCUGUGGCUGCCAUUUGGCCGAGGGAUUUUUUUUUGAGCAGCCCACUUGUAUGCAGAGGGGACCUCCGGGGACACUUCACUGGGCACCGCUGACUGUGCCAGGCUUGUUCUGCUGCCACCACUUUCCUGAAAUGCUUGCUGCUAGCAUGGGCUCUUUGGGUUGCGACACAGAGUGCAUAAAGGUUAACAAAAAGGUAGACAUUUAGACAGCCGAUUCUACAAACAUCUAACAGUUAGUUAGCGCCAAGUAAAUUUCAUAAUUUGGACUAAUUUAAGGACAAAAAAAGUCCUAGUAGGCCCCAUUCCUUAGCUCCACAGAACUUUCUAUAUGAAAAUACAGACGUGCAACACUGUGUUACCUCGUCCUGUCUGUUCUGUAUCUGGUUUUUUGCAGUCACAGUGACACUGCUCCGUCACCUGUUACCCACCAGUCCCUGGCAACUGAAGGAAAUAGGUCUGAGGCCUCUACCAACAGGUUCCUUUCCAGUUGGAUGCAUGUUUUCCUCCAAGAGAAGCACAUAUUUAAAAGGGGGCAGCUACAGCUAAGUAAAACCAGCCUCUGCUGUCACACUCCUGUCAGCACUUGGUGGCUACUGGGCAGCAAGGUGAAGAGCUGACUGGCUUCAACACACUUCCCUGUCAUAUCUCCACUGUGAUGUAUGUAAAGUAUCUUGUAUGUUACAAAAGGAUUUUAAAAAGUGUCUUAAGGCCUGUAAACUCCGCUGUUUGGUCAGAAGAUGGCAUUCUGUAAAGAGACUGCUGUAUGAAUACGUUCCCAUGCUUCGUCCCCUAUGCUAUCAAACAAGGAACCAUAUCUGUUCUGUAUGUAAUAAAUGUGUUAACAUCA